UUGUGUAAAGAGAGAGUGGUUAAGAGACUGAUUUGAGAGAGCCACAAGAAGAAAAUGCAGUGUUCUAAAGAAGCACUUGCUAGUUUGUUCUACAAUGUCUCCACCUCCUUUCAACUUCUCUUCCUCUUCUUCUACUUCACCUCUAUUCUUCUUGCCAAAUUCUUCCACUUCCUUGGUGGUAAUCCUUUUCUUCAAAGAAAUCAGGGUGAAUAUGAAUAUGGUUUGUUUACGGACGAAGAAGAGGAAGAAGAUAAUGGGUACUUUCAUGUCGAGUGCACAGAGAAAGAUCAUCUGGUGGCUGAUAUUAUUCGUGGCGGCGAAGCACUAUCCUUUUUGCCUACCAGCAGCAUCCAAGAAGAUCAAAUUUUUUCUGAAGAGAUCUUUACUCACCAGCCUAUAUUUGAAAAAUCUGAUGACAGUUUUGUCACAGAACAUUCGUCCAUGUAUAACACUCCGGUCUCAGAAUCGGAAAUUGAUGGCGAAGAGGUGGUUGAAGAACAAAUUCUAACAAGAAAGAAUGUUUCUACUUAUCAUAUUUCUAAUACAAAUAAUGUUGAGACCACCUCUCCAAUGAACAUGGACCUAAACAAAAAUGGUUUGGCAACUCAUGACAGAACUCAUGAUGUAGAAAAUCGUGAUAAAGGAAAAAAUGAAAGCAUGAAAGUGGAGGCCAAUUUUACACGAGAUGAAAACUUCUUGAUUUUUGCACCUCCCAAGUUGGAGACCAAGAAGUUCCAAAUUCAAGAAAAGGAUGACGAUGAGAUUUUCGGUGACACGUGCACGGUUGGUUCUACUUCAAAGAGCUCAUCUGAAUGGAGGAGUUCCAUUAAUUGUAGAGAUUCAGGGACUGAAGAUCCAUUUUCAUCUUCGUCGCGAAGAAGUUGCCCCAAGUGGGAGUCUUACACUGUAUUCCAAAAAUAUGAUGAAGAAAUGCUGUUCCUAGAUAGAAUUAGUGCACAAAAGCUCCAUGAGACAGAGUCACUGAGGUCUAUACAGGCAUGUCCAAGAUCGAUUUCAGAAAGGAUUGUUCAUAAGCUGGUGACCAAAAACAAAAGCUCAUCAGAUUUCCGGCAAAACCCAUAUCAUGAACUAGAGGCAGCCUAUGUAGCUCAAAUUUGUUUGACAUGGGAAGCUCUGAAUUGGAACUACAAGUACUUUCAUGGAUUAAGAGCUUCACAUCGUGAAUCUGACCCCGGUUGUCCUGCUCACAUUGCUCAGCAAUUUCAACAAUUCCAGGUUCUUUUACAGCGGUAUAUAGAGAAUGAGCCUUAUGAACACGGACGUCGACCAGAGAUUUAUGCCAGGAUGAGAAGUUUGGCACCAAAGCUGCUUCAAGUGCCAGAGUAUCGAGAUUCUGUGGAUGAACAAAAGGAAGGUUUCCACUCAAGAAUAUCAUCAGCGUCAUUUCUUCUUAUAAUGGAAGAAGCAAUCCGAACAUUCAUGAAUUUUCUCAAGGCAGAUAGGGAGAAUCACUGCCAAAUAUUAUUGGCAGCUUUUUUCAAGAGAAACCGGAGAGGCUCAGUUGAUCCAGCACUUCUUCUCCUACUCAAGAAAGUGAAUAACAAGAAGAAGUUGAAGCUUAAGGAUCUUCGCCGCACUCGGAAGUGCUUGAGAAAAAGAAGGUUAAAGGAGGAGGAAGAGAAGGAGAUAUUGAUGGCAUUGAUUGACCUAAAAGUGGUUUCUAGGGUUUUGAGGAUGAAUCAGCUAGGUGAAGAACAGGUGCAGUGGUGUGAGAACAAGAUGAGCAAAGUGAGAGUCUCUGAUGGGAAGCUUCAAAGAGAUUCUUCCCCACUUUUCUUCCCUGCACACUGAGCCCACCAUGUUUAUGUUGCUUGAUGACUAGGUGAUGAAUGUGCAUGACUGCAUGGGGUUGAAUAUCCUAGCCACCCUUUUUUGUAAAUAUCAUAAGAAAAUGAUUUAGAGGGACCCACAGAUCAAAGUUAACAACAUGUGGGUGACAAAGAUUUUGGGAAUCCAUGAAAGAGGGUUAAAGAUGGUUGGCUCUGUGAUUUCAUUGAACAAUCAAAGUGAAAGACGAAUGACAAAGCAAGGAACAUGAAGAUAGAGACAAGGUAGCUUUAGUGCUCUUUAUCUUUUUAAUUAAAUUAGGGUUUAUCAAUUAGGGAUUUCAGCUGAAUUAGAAAGGCAAAGUUGAAUCACAUGGAGUGGAAUAAAAAGGUAGCACAUGAUACACUCAAUGGAUAAAAGCCUAACUAGUAUGGUCCCACUUGUAUUGGAUGAAAAUAAAGACGAACAAAUAAUUUAAUUGACCAAAUUUGAUGUGUCCAGCUAGAGUGCACAAAAUAUCAUGUAAUUACAUAUAUAGCUUUAUGUCAUGUAUAUAUUUACAUCUCAGCACACAGCUUGCUAAGUCAGCUUUUCAUUUAAUUACGUAUCAAUAUUUUAGUUC